UGUUUAGAUAAAGUUCUUUACUUCAGCUACUUGACUUUAUCAUUUAAUGAACUCACACUUGGAAAAGUCAGGUAGCACACUGAGGGCGCGCGCUCUGCCACUGUGCGCGCACGGUGGUUGCCGGCGGUUGCCAUGGUGCUGAAUAUAAACCACAGAAGGUAAACUGAACAGGAAAGAUGGACUGGAGCUGAAAACGUGAGCUGAAAUGAUCCAUUCUCGCCUGAAAACCUCACGUCCGAGUAGUUCAGGUGACUUGAGUUAUUUUAUGAGUACAGUCAGACCCAGAUUGUGAUAGACUGAGGUGGUAUGAAGGCUCACAGCGGCGAUGUCGCAGUGUUUGUCCGGAUCAGACCAACUGCCAACUUCGCCCAAGACCUUAUUGAAUGUCUUCCUGACGGGCAGACAGUGAACAUCUAUCACAGGAGAGACUCCAGGAAACUCCAGGACUCCAGAAAAACUCGGCAGGGCUCCUGGUCAUUCAGGCUUGAGGGGGUCCUGCAGGAUGUGUCCCAGGAGGAGGUGUAUUCCCGAGUGUGUCAAAGGGUGGUACAGGGAGCACUGGAUGGCUAUAAUGGUACUGUGAUGUGCUUCGGGCAGACAGGUGCAGGAAAAACCUACACCAUGACAGGAUCCACAGAAUCAUACAAGCAGAGAGGGAUCAUUCCUCGGGCCCUUCAGGAGGCGUUUCGGGAGGUGGAGAAAAGGACUGAGCAUUCCUUCUCAGUGCACCUCUCUUACCUGGAGAUCUACAAUGAGACCCUGGUGGACCUGCUGUCACCGCUGCAGGGCUUACCUCACAUGUCUUCCCGGGGCAUGGUGGUGACGGAGGAGCCGGGCAGAGGGGUGUAUGUCAGAGGUCUGUCUCUUCACCCGGUUCACAGCGAGGAGGAGGCGCUCAACCUGCUGUUUGAGGGUGAGAUGAAUCGCAUCAUUGGAUCUCAUGCCCUGAACAGGAACUCAUCCAGGUCUCACUGUAUCUUCACUCUGCACAUAGAGUCUCAUUCACGGACUGCAUCUGAUGCCAAGUACGUCACCUCCAAGCUGAACCUUGUGGAUCUGGCUGGGUCUGAGAGGCUGGGAAAGACCGGGUCGGAGGGUCAGAUGUUAAAAGAAGCCGCAUACAUCAACAAGUCCUUGUCGUUCCUGGAGCAGGCCAUCCUGGCUCUGGCAGACCGUCGCAGAGACCACGUUCCCUUCAGACAGUCUAAACUCACACAUGCCCUUAAAGAUUCGUUAGGAGGGAACUGCAACACUGUGCUUGUGGCCAACAUCUAUGGUGAAGCUGCACAGAUUGAUGAAACACUCUCUACUCUGCGGUUUGCGAACAGAAUGAAAUGUGUCCGGACUGACCCUGCAAUUAAUGAACACAUGGAUCCAGCUCUUCAGAUCAAAAAACUUCAGAAGGAAGUCAAGAUGCUUAAAGAGGAACUGUCCAUCUACAACACACUGGUGAGGAGGCCGAGCGUCUCGUACGAGCCGUUGUCUGAAGCCCAGCUGGCUGAGAUUAACAGUGAGGUUCAGAGGUACCUAGAUGGAAGCCUUAAGGAAAUCAGUAUCAUAAGCAUCAGGCAGGUCCAGGCGGUCUUUGCCCAGUUUAAGCAUGCUGUGCAGGAGCAGGAGCAGAAGGUGAAGGCUCAGCUACGCCAGACCUACAACUUGGUGGAGAAAGACCAAAGUGCUAACACCCCUGCUGUCAAGGAGUUGGACACCAGCAGCAGCACUGAAGAUGUGGAGGCUGUCAGUUUAGGGGCGUCCGCUCCGUCACAGAAACAGACCCAGCGUCCAAGCUCGACUAAAUCCAAAACUAAGAAGUCCAGAGACAAAUCGAGCCAAAGUAAGAGGCAGGGAGACGGGAGUCCUGUUUCAAGGAAGCGUUUGGAGAGUGCCUCAAAAUCAAAGCUGAACCCUGCCCAGACACCUGAGAAGGAAGUGGAGCCACAAGAACCAGACACUGAGAGCCAGGACAUGGAGGAGUCACACCCGCCUGGCAAUGAACCGCUUCAGCCUGACUCUCCUCCACCCAAAGCAGAAGCGUUUGAGGAUUUUAAGGUGGGGCGAGGCAGCACCAUCAACUGCAUCCUCAUGGAGAACAAGGCUGUGCUGCUGGAACGUCGCGGCCUUCUCCGCCAGCUCACUGAGGAGGUCAAUGCCGUCAAGAGAGAGAUCGACUGCACGACGGCCAUCAUAGAGCGGCACAAGAUGGGAGGAACUCAAGGUCAGUAUUUGGUCGUGGAGGACGAGCCAGACGCCACUUUGCUGCUGCAGCUCAGAGAGAUGAAGGCCCUGUACAGGCAGAGGUACGAUGCACUGCGCAACAUCAAGGCAGAGGUCAACUACUGUCAACACCUGGUGGAUCAGUGCAGGGUGCGGCUGCUCUCUGAAUUUGAGACCUGGUACAAGAAGACUUUCUUAUUACAUGAGGAGGAGCUGGACACACCUGUGGAUAAGAGCCUUGCACAGAGAGAGGAUAAUCAGCAGCCACAGUAUGAACUCAUCACAAACAGCCCCAGUGCCGAGUCCUUCUACACCGCUCGCUGCAGGACGCUGAAAAGGAGGAGCAGCAGGGUGCUGUCCUGUACUCCAGUGCAGAGGAACUCAACUCCAGGGUCCAGACAGAGAAGACUUCUUCCAAUUCUACCUGUUAGUUAAGUGAGUUUUAUGUACAAACAUAUGUUAAUGAACUCCAUGAGAUCCACGUGCUAAAUGUGAAGUGUAAUUUGCCUUUUCUACAUUUAAAUCUCUGCAUUGUAGCUGGUAUAACAUUUGGAGAUCAAUUAAAGACAAAAAGACUCUACACAGUGAUUCAGCUUCUUAAAUGAAAAGUAAAAUUUAUUAUUCCUGAACCACAAAAUAGACUUCUUUGGUUGUACAAAUUCACUAGUUACAGUCUUGUAUGAGCUCUAACCCUUGACCCUAGGACUUCUGACCCUUUCCCUCCGACCUAUUUGCAAGUAAAAGCCCCCAAACGGAACUCAAGACAAAAGAAUAAACACAAAAACUUGAAACACUGCAUUAAUAAUGUAGUGAAACCCACCUGAAAAAAAAAGAUUUACCUACUGUAAGUUUAAAAAAAAAAAAGAGAUAUCAGCCAUUGCAAAUGUUAUCAAACAAACUGAAUUUCAGUCAGUGAGCGCAACAUGGAAAGCUAUAAUUAGAAGACCCUACAUUAAAUUAACACAAAUGCUACUAUGCUGUGAUUCUGCAAAAAUACCCGUCAGAUACCUAAACUGACAGUAUGUCAAGCAGUGAGCUGAAUGUUUGAAUGAGAUCAAUAUCUUGAGAGGGAUUUCUGAUCGGUUGUGCCUCUCCCAUUAACAAA